AUGAGACGCGGAGAAAAAAAGGAGGUAACGACAAGCGACGCAAUUAGGAACGCAGUCAAUUCUUUGAGCAAGGCAAGUUUAGCCGCCGCGGUUGCUGCUGCAAAUUCUGCCAACUCCCCCGCCUACUCGGCCAGUGCUCCGCCCCCCUACAGUCCUGUGACCACGGCUCAGUACAGGAACGCGGCGGGGAACCAUAUUGCCGUGAUCAAUACAAGACAAUCCAACCUUAUCACAAUUCCAAUCCAGGGAGAAGGAAGCACAGCAGCUGAGACAGGAAGCACACCACCUGUACAUCCGGCGUACUCUGCGUACCCUGGAUAUACGGGAUAUCCGGCCCAGGCGCCGACAGGUCAACCGUCACCUGCUCCCUACCCCCAGACAACGAGUGUACCAGGGUACCACCAACUACCUCCAACCUAUGCGUAUCAAGGAAACUACAGCUCUGCUCCCCCACUGCAAACCCCUCAACAGUAUUCUCAACAGCCGGCCGCACAGCCACAAUAUUCUCCUGCCGUGGCCGCACAGCCGCAAUAUGGACAAACUACUGUAGCUCAAUCGCCUUAUUCUCAAACGCCAGCAGCAACAGCGCAGUACGGCGGCGGUCCUGCUCCUCACGCCUACCCGCCGGCGGGGUAUGCUGGUGCCCCACCCUUUCAGGGGCAAUGGACUAGACCACCUCCAGGUGGGGCUCGGCCCCCACCCCCAGGAGUGGGCCAACACAACUACUAUAAUAACAGAAGAUGAAUUAUGUGAAAGUAAUUAUUAUUUGAUAUUUUAACAAUAAAUUUUACACUUUCGUUAUAAACGGAUUUCCCGGAUUUUCAGUUUCAGA